AUGGGAAAGGUUAGAUGGGGAGGGGUGAGACUGGGAGAAGGGAAAGUACAUACCUUGGCUUACGCGGACGACAUAGUCAUGAUGGCGGAGAAUGAGGAGGAGAUGGGGAGUAUGAUAAGGAGGCUGGAGGGGUACUUGGGGAGGAAGAGACUGGAGUUGAAUUUAAGUAAGACGAAGAUUUUGAGGUUUAGGAAGGGGGGAGGGAGGAUGGGGAAGAAAAUAUGGAGGUGGAGAGGGAAGGUGAUAGAAGAGGUAAAAAAAUUCAGAUAUUUAGGAUACACGCUGAAAAGAAACGGAAAGCAAGAAGCACAUGUAAGAGAAAAAGUAAAAAGAGCAGCGGCCAUAAUGGGGCAGGUAUGGGGGAUUGGUAAGAGAAGGUUCGGGAAGGAUUGGGGAAGAAGACUAUGGCUCUUCGACAGAUUGGUUUGGACGGUGAUGGGAUACGGAGCGGAAAUAUGGGGGUGGAAAGAAAGAGAAAAGAUGGAGAAAUUGGAGGAAAAGUAUAUAAAGUGGGUGCUGGGAGUAGACGGAAGAACGCCAGGGUAUAUGAUAAGGGAGGAGUUAAAGAGAAAAAAAUUGAGGGAGGGCAGGGAAAAGGGCGUGGAAUUUUGA